AAAAAAACAUCUGCUAUCACGGUGCUGCCAACCAUAUCACGAAGGAAGAUUGAAGAAGGGAAGGAAGCUGGACAACUGCAGAAAGGGCGAUCGAAUACAAUUCUGGAAUCACAACAAGCCCCGAACACCAGGGCGUUGAGAGGUUGAGCUCUUGCCUGCAUCAACCAGCAACACCUCCCGAGUACCUCGACACAUACAAAACCAUGGCACCCUCAUCGAAAGAGAACGGCAAGUGGUCGACCGACUUCGACACGGUGCGCCGCCACAAACUGUUCCGCAAUCCUCCUUCAGACAAGUCGGCAUACCCUACCCUCGCCUCGGCCGUCGACCCUCAUGUUCAGUCCUUCAACGCCGUCUUUGCUGAGAAGGGCCAACUUCACCAUGCCCUUCGCGACAUUGGUACAAAGACCUUCUUCGAUGGCAACCCAAAUGAGCCCUUCUCGGCCGAUGGUCCCAAGCGCAACAGGCUUCAGGUCCGCGUGAAAGAGGUCUUCCUCGAGAAGAGCAUGCUCCCUCCUUCGAACAAGAUCGACAAGAAGCGCGAGAUCCUGCCUGUAGAAUGCAGAGAGCGUCAUUGUACCUACAGAGGUCGUUUCAGAGGCCGCUUCGAGUGGCGCAUCAACGAGGGCGAGUGGAGAGAGAGCGUCAGAGAGUUCGGUUCUCUGCCUAUUAUGUUGCGCUCCAACCGCUGCCACCUCGAGGGUCUUUCGCCUAAGGAACUGGUCGACAAGAGAGAAGAGACUGAAGAGUUGGGAGGAUACUUCAUCGUCAACGGUAUCGAGAAGCUGAUCCGUAUGCUCAUUGUCAACCGACGAAACUACCCCAUGGCCAUUAUUCGUCCCUCUUUCGUCAACAGAGGUUUGACCUACACCAAGUUCGGUAUCCAGAUCCGCUCCGUCAGACCCGAUCAAACCUCGCAAACCAACGUCCUCCACUACCUCAGCGAUGGAAAUGUCACCUUCCGUUUCUCAUGGCGCAAGAACGAGUAUCUUAUCCCCGUCAUGAUGAUUUUCAAGGCUCUGGUCGAGACAAAUGACCGCGAGAUUUUCGAGGGCUUGGUCGGUCCUGCUGGAAGCAAGGGCAUUGAAGACAAGCAGUUCGUCACCGACCGUGUCGAACUUUUGCUACGCACAUACAAGGCAUACAACAUCCACGGCCAGGCAAAGACACGCGCAUACCUUGGAAGCAAGUUCCGCAUCGUCCUGAGUGUUCCCGAUGACAUGUCUGACGAGGACGCUGGUGCUGAGUUCUUGAGGAGAAUCGUUCUUCCUCAUCUGGGAUCAUCCGAGACCAAGGAGACCAACGAUGCCGACAAGUUCCGCAUGUUGCUCUUCAUGACCAGAAAGCUGUACUCCCUUGUCGGCGGAGAGUGCGCUGUUGACAACCCUGAUGCUGUCCAGAACCAGGAGAUUCUCUUGCCCGGUUUCCUUUACGGUAUGAUCAUCAAGGAGCGCAUCGAGGAGUGGCUCAACUCAAUUGGUCUGCAACUCCGCGACUGGGGUAGAACCACCAACUGGGCACCCAUCGUCUCCGACGAGUUCGAGCGCGACUUCAGUGCAAAAAUCCUUCGCAGAACCAACGAGAAUUUGGCACAGGCCUUGGAUUACUUUUUGUCGACUGGUAACCUCGUCUCUCCCAGUGGUCUGGAUCUGCAACAAACUUCUGGUUUCACUGUUGUUGCUGAAAAGAUUAACUUCUGGCGUUUCAUCAGUCAUUUCCGCAUGGUUCACAGAGGUAGUUUCUUCGCCCAACUGAAGACCACAACCGUCAGAAAGUUAUUGCCAGAAAGUUGGGGUUUCCUUUGCCCUGUUCACACUCCCGAUGGUUCUCCUUGCGGUCUGCUCAACCAUUUGGCCCACAAAUGCAAAAUUGCCACAAAGAGCGUCGACACCAAGGCCAUUCCCGGCCUUAUCUCACAACUUGGCGUAAUCGAAACCCCCUCAGCUUCCGUUGACGACAGCGUUGUCGUCAUGCUCGAUGGCCGUAUUCUCGGCUUCUGCUCUCCCAAGCAGGCUCGUGUAAUUGGAGACACUCUCAGAUACUGGAAGGUCGAAGGCACUCACGGCGUACCUUCCGAGCUUGAGAUCGGUUACAUCCCCAACUCGAACGGAGGUCAAUACCCUGGUGUCUACAUGUUCUCACAAGCAGCUAGAAUGUUCAGACCUGUCAAGUACCUGCCCCUCGGCAAGGAGGACUUUGUCGGUCCAUUCGAACAGCCUUUCAUGUCCAUUGCCUGCACAGAGCCCGAAAUUGUCUCAGGCGACUCAACACACGUCGAAUUCGACCCCACAAACAUCCUCUCUAUCCUCGCCAACCAGACACCCUUCUCAGACUUUAAUCAAUCGCCGCGUAACAUGUAUCAGUGUCAGAUGGGUAAGCAAACCAUGGGUACUCCUGGAACUGCUCUCAAAUACCGUACCGACAACAAGUCAUAUCGCCUACAAACUGGACAAACACCAGUGGUCCGACCUCCCCUAUACAACGAGUACGGCUUGGACAACUUCCCUAACGGAACCAACGCCGUUGUUGCUGUCAUUUCAUACACUGGUUACGACAUGGACGACGCUAUGAUUAUCAACAAGUCUGCCCACGAGCGUGGCUUCGGUCACGGAACUGUCUACAAGACCAAAAAGGUUGACCUUGCCGAGGACAAUGGCGGCAGACGUGGCCGUGGUGGUGGUAACGUGAAGAAGCUUUUCGGUUUCGCUCCCGGCGGUCUCGUCAAAGCACAAUGGCGCGCAACCCUCGACGACGACGGUCUUAUCGCUGUCGGCAUGAAGGUCAAGGAGGGUGACAUUAUCGCCGCAUCGCACACUGUCACCAAGGAUCCCAUUACUGGCGAGUUCGUCAACCGUGACGGUAUUACUCACUUGCACAAAUACAAGGACCACGAGGAGGCUUUCGUUGAGGAGAUCAAGAUGCUUGGCACAGACACUGGUGCUGAUGAACCCUGCCAGAUGCUCAGCAUCAGACUCCGUAUUCCUCGUUCGCCCGUCAUCGGUGACAAGUUCUCUUCUCGUCACGGACAGAAGGGUGUCUGCUCCCAGAAGUGGCCCGUCAUGGAUAUGCCUUUCAGUGAGAGUGGUAUGCAGCCUGAUGUCAUCAUCAACCCUCACGCUUUCCCUUCGCGUAUGACCAUUGGUAUGUUCGUCGAAUCGCUGGCCGGUAAGGCUGGCUGUAUGCACGGUGUUGCGCAAGACAGUACCCCCUUCAAAUUCAAGGACACCGCAGGCGAGACUGCCGUUGAGUACUUCGGUCACCAACUGAAGCGUGCUGGAUUCAACUACUACGGAAACGAGCCCAUGUACUCUGGUAUCACUGGCCAAGAGCUCGGUGCCGAUAUCUACAUGGGUGUGGUUUACUACCAACGUCUGCGUCACAUGGUCAACGACAAGUUCCAGGUCCGUACCACCGGUCCCGUCACUGCGUUGACUGGUCAACCCAUCAAGGGUCGUGCCAAGGGUGGUGGUAUUCGUGUCGGUGAGAUGGAGAGAGAUUCUCUGAUUGCCCACGGUACAGCAUUCUUGCUGCAAGAUCGUUUGAUGAACUGUUCCGAUUACCAAAAAGCAUGGAUCUGCCGUGGCUGUGGAUCUUUCCUUUCCGCACAACCGACUGUCAACGAGUAUGGACGCAGAAAGGGUGUUAAUGCAAGCAAUGUUAGAUGUAGGAGAUGUAGUAAGAAGGCUACUGGCUCCGAACCCAACAGCGAUACUUGGGAGGAUGGCCGAGGUGAUAAGUUCGUCGGUGGUUCAGACGUCACUGUCGUUGCUGUUCCUGGUGUUCUGCGAUACUUGGACGUCGAGUUGGCAGCUAUGGGUGUCAAGAUGAGAUUCGAUGUUACGCCGUAGAUAAAAGGGGGACUGUUCAUAUAAGCAUUUGCAUCUUCUUUUAACUAUACCAAAAUGGAGUCUGGUUUGGG